AUGAUCCCAAAAAAAUUGCUCGUACUUUUGUGGUGCGUGGUUAAAAGUUCCUCAAAUCAUGUUCCAAUUGAACGUCUUUUUGGUGGAGUUCGGGUCGAACCGGGCGAGCUUCCUUUCACCGUGCAGAUUCUACUCGAAUCGAUAACAUUUAGUGGUUCCAUCCUAACGGAUCGAUUGAUUCUAACUGCCGCCCAUUCGGUUUGUGGCCACACGUUCCAACCGGAAGCUUUUGAAGUUAUAGCCGGCCAGUAUGAUCUGCUGGUGUGGGAAUCCAGUCGACAGUCUCGCUCAGUGCAGGAAGUGUUUGCUCAUCCGGACUAUCGCAGUUUGGUUAUCGGUUUGCACGAUGUGGCGCUGCUGCUGUUGGCAGCUCCGUUCGAGUUUACUAACUUUGUGCAACCAGUUGCUGUUGAUUAUAGUGACGCUUAUCCGAGUACUGUAGCGAUGCUAGCUGGAUACGGAACAAUUUUGCUGAAUGGAGAGCAAGCAAAGUUUCUGAUGGUAAAAUUAUUUUUGAUAAUUUAA